AUGGCCAAACUGGCAUGGGCGCUACUCCUCUCCGCUGCCCUACUCGGGAGUGGCAACGCGCAGGGGAUCGAGCGGACUUACAUCGUCCAGAUGGAGUCCGCACCGGUCACUGGCCAAUCUUCAAUCGCUCGUCGCUCCUUGCAUGAGAAUUCACUCCGAUCAGUAACCUCUCGUGACACCAUGCUCUACUCAUACAGCUCAGCCAUGAACGGAUAUGCUGCAAAGCUCACCGAUGCCCAGGCCCGGGACCUGAUGGCCCAGCCCGGCGUCAAGUCCGUCAGCCGCCAGAAGAUUUACCAGCUUCACACCACCCAUACGCCCGAGUUCCUAGGGAUUGACAAGGCCGAGCUCCUGGGCCAGCAGGGAACGGUCUUCUCGGGCGCAGUUGAUCCCGGCAACACCACGGACGCCGAGUCCGACCUGAUCAUCGGUGUCUUCGACACCGGAGUGUGGCCCGAAAGCGCCAGCUAUGACGACUCGGGGCUCCCGCCCAUCCCGAGCCGGUGGAAGGGGUCCUGCGUGGCAGGAGAGGAGUUCACGGCGGCGAACUGCAACAACAAGCUGAUCGGGGCCAAGUGGUAUAGCAAGGCAGCAGAGGCCGAGUGGAUCACCGAUCACAACGGGACGGCAUACAACUUCACCGGCGCGUACGUGUCUGCGAGAGAUCCAGACGGUCAUGGUACUCACACUUCGUCCACGGCCGCAGGCGCAGCGGUCCAGAACGCGAGUAUCUUUGGACAGGCUUCAGGCACGGCUCGUGGCAUGGCGCCCAAGGCCCGCGUGGCUAUGUACAAGGUGUGCUGGCCCAACGCGGGCUGUGCUGACGCGGACAUCCUCGCUGCGUUCGACGAGGCCAUCCAGGACGGCAUCAACGUGGCUUCCCUGUCCCUAGGGGGUAGCCCGACUCUGGGAACAGACCCCUUGUACGUCGGUGCCUUCUCUGCCAUGGCCAAGGGCAUUUUCGUCUCCAUGGCCGGUGGGAACUCAGGUCCCGGUGUCGGGACGAUUUCCAACAAUGUGCCGUGGGUCCUGACCGUCGGCGCGAGCACGCAGGACCGUGGCUUUCCCGCCACAGUUGUCCUCGGAAACGGGCAGAACUUCACGGGGAAGUCCCUCUCCGUCAACGAAGACGACACACUGCCCGCGUUCCAGGACCUUCCUCUGAUCCUGGCCAGCAACGCAGCCAACGGAAACAUCACUAACAACACCGAUGCGUCCUUGUGUCUUGCUGGUUCGCUGUCGCCGACCAAGGUUGCGGGCAAGAUUGUCGUCUGUGUCAGAGGCGGUAACGCGAGGGUUGCCAAGGGCCAGACCGUCAAGGAUGCCGGCGGCGCGGGCAUGGUACUUGUCAACACUGCGGCGGCCGGUGAGGAUGUCCUGGCCGAUCCGCAUGUCCUCCCUGCCGUGCAUCUUGGGGCGACAGACGGCGCGGCCGUGCUCAGUUACGCAAAGUCUACAGACGCCACGGCCGGUCUGGACAUCCAGGGUACUACUGUCCUUGGUGUCGAGGCCCCGCAGAUGGCGGCCUUCAGCUCGAGGGGCCCCAACUACCCUGCUCCAGACCUGCUCAAGCCGGAUAUCACCGGCCCUGGGGUUGAAAUCCUGGCCGCGUGGCCCGAUAACGUCGGCACCACUGGGCUUCCCGAGGACACACGUCGGGUGAAAUUCAACGUCAUCUCGGGCACUUCCAUGUCUUGCCCACACCUCAGCGGCAUCGCUGCCUUCAUCAUGGCCCGGCGCCCCGAGUGGAGCGCCGCCGCCAUCCGCUCAGCCCUCAUGACCACGGCCUACACGAAUACCAAGGGCGGCGCGUCAGCGUUCCGAGAUGAAGCCACCCAGCAAGCAGCGACCCCCUUCGACUAUGGAAACGGCCACGUGGAUGUGACCGCCGCCCUGGACCCAGGACUCAUCUACGACAUCAAGACCGACGACUACCUCGACUUCCUGUGCGCUCUUAACUCGACGACCGAGUACCUCCAGGGGAUCAGCGGCACCAACAGCACCUGCUCCACCGACAAGACCUACAGCCAGUACGACCUCAACUACCCGUCUUUCGCAGCGGGCUACGACACAAAGACUGAAACCGGGCCCAAGACGGUCAACUUCACGCGCACGGUCACCAACGUCGGCGAGGCCGGCACAUACCACGUCAACGUGUCCGUCAGCGACCCGAGCCUGGUCCAGGUCACCGUCGACCCUCAGGAGCUGGACUUUGCCGCUGCUCAGGAGCAGAAGAGCUUCGUUGUUUCUGUCACUCUGGCGGCGGCCGGCGCGGAGGCUGAUUCGGGGAAGAACGCCUGGGGCAGGCUGGUGUGGUCGGAUGGGUCGCACACUGUUGGGAGCUCCUUGGGAUUCGUGUGGGGAGACUUGGCCGCCCUGUCUUUGAACGCGUCGUCCACUCCUUCUAGUAACAGUAGGUUUUAG